AUGGCAGACGAGAAGUCGUUCUCCAAAGGCCCUCAUGAGUCUGUCGACGAUGUUCAGCAUUUCUCGGAUAAUGAACAGAAAGCCAUCCUGCGUCGAAUUGACCUCUGUUUGCUCCCCCUGAUGUUCUUCUCGUACUUGCUGCAGUACCUCGACAAAACAACCCUUUCCUAUACCUCAAUCCUAGGUCUUCUGACUGGAACGCAUAUAACCACUGCACAAUAUGCAUGGGCAUCGAGCGCAUUUUACUUCGGCUACCUUGUUGCCUCGUAUCCCGUGUCAUUGGGUUUUAUUAAGUUUCCCAUCGGAAAAUACCUUUCUGUCAUGAUGAUCCUGUGGGCAAUUAUCCUGACCUGUCAUGCAGCGGCUUCGAAUUUCGCCGGUUUGACAUCGCUGAGAGUUCUUCUUGGUGUGUUCGAAAGUGCAAUCAGUCCGGGAUUUACCAUGCUGAUUGGCAUGUGGUAUACCCCGUCUGAACAUGCGAUGAGAAGUUGCAUUUGGUUUUCGGGAAACGGAAUAGCCGCAAUCUUUGGAGGUGUGCUUGCGUACGCCAUUGGUCAUAUUGAUGAUCAUUUGGGCGCCUGGCAGUGGCUGUUUAUCAUAUUCGGCCUGAUUUCAAUCGCCUGGUCGGUUCUCCUGUUCUUCACUCUACCCGAUUCGCCCCUCAACGCCAAAUUUCUCAAGCCCGAUCAGCGAGGCCCAGCCUACCAUCGUGCACAAGCAUCUCAGAAGAGUUAUCAGAGUCGGAGGUGGAAGAAGGACCAAUUCAUUGAGGCGCUAGUAGAUCCAAAUACUUGGUUCCUAGUGUUGUAUAACUUCUUUGUCUCACUGCCGAACGGCGGCAUCACCAAUUUCGCCAGUAUUGUGAUCGAGUCGUUCGGUUUCGACACCUUCCACACACUACUGUACGAGAUCCCUUUGUCUGCUGUCGCUCUCGUCAUGCUCUUUGCCAUCGCCAUGACGUGCAACCGUUUCCCUGGCUUGCGCUGCUACUGGAUGAUCUUCACUCUUUUGAUCAGUUUAGUCGGCAUUCUUUUAAUGCGGCAGCUACCCACGCACCGGAAAUGGGGUAGACUGGUGGGCGUCUGGCUCGUGACGGUCUUCGGAGCCGGCUGGCCACUGAGCCUAAGUUUGGUCUCCAGCAACACAGCGGGCUUUACCAAGAAGGGUACCGUAACUGCUCUUAUUUUCAUUGCGUAUUGUGUUGGUAACAUUGCUGGUCCACAACUUUUCAAGAGCACUGAGGCCCCUCGCUAUAAUACUGCAUUCUCAGCAAUCCUUGCGUGCUUCUGCCUGGCUGUACUUGAUGUCAUUGGCCUCCGCUGCUAUAUGGCCUGGGAAAACAAGCGACGCGAUCGCAAGCAGGGACGAACUAUCGAGCCUGAGCUAAGCAAGUCGGACGACGCGACUGAUGCGUCCUCUGAACUGGGUGGUGACGGAGAUGUCUCUGAUUGGCAGAAUCAAAGCUACCGCUAUUGCCUCUAACUGAAAAAUAG